CGUCACUUCCUUUCUCUCUCUAUAUCUCUCUCUCAAAGAGAGUACAGAGUUGGAGCCUGGAGGAGUGCCCUUCUCUCUCUUUCUCUGACUCUCUGUGUUGGAAAAAAGAUACCAAAAGGUACGUCCGAUUCCGAUCCAUUUGAAAAACAGUACCCCACUCCGCUGCUUCGUCUUUCUUCGUCAUCAACAACAACAACACUCUUCACAGACACGCAGCCCCCCCUCCCUCUCUCUGUCACUCUCUCCUUCGCAUUUUUCCUUCUUCCUCUGCGAAACUAAAAGAAAAUAAAAAAAAAUCCCAAGAAAAUCCGCGCUAGCUAUCCGGGAUGGAAUCAAAACGAGGACUUGUGAAUCUGAAUGAACAGGGAAAUUUGGGUUGUCGAGUAUUUUUGUUAAAAUAAGGAAAAACUUAUUAAUUUUUGGUGUUUUUUUUUCCCGGAAAAUUUUUUUUUUGCCUCGGUUCUUUGUCUUCCCCAGAUCUGUCUUUCUUCCCCUAUCGGUUUCCUCAUUUUCUGGGCUCGAUUUUUUUUGGAAUAAAAAGUGAUUCGAGUAUUCGUUUUCUUCCCGUGUUUGCCUUUGCGGUGCAUUUGAGGUUUAAAAUUUGUUUUGUCUUUUUUUUUUUUUUUUUUUUUUUUUAAAAAUAAAAAAUAAAAAAAGGGUAUAUACAUUUUCCGCCGUUUGGGAGGUCGGUGGAGUUUUUGUGGCUUCGUGUGCUCAGGAAUGCUUGGUUGAGAUUGAGCUUUUGAGGAAUUUUUAUUUUUAUUUUUCCCCAUAUUAGUGGCUGCGAUAAGAGGGAUGGGGAGUUCUGGGGAGUCUAGCGCUAAAUCCGUUGAUGCAUCGGCUGGUGGGUUGGUCUGGGUCCGCCGGAGAAACGGUUCGUGGUGGCCAGGUCGGAUUUUGGGGCUGGAAGAGUUGCCGGAAAACAGUACGAUUUCUCCAAAAUCAGGGACUCCAGUUAAGCUCCUUGGAAGAGAGGAUUCAAGUGUGGACUGGUAUAAUCUUGAAAAGUCUAAGCGAGUGAAAGCUUUUCGUUGUGGGGAGUAUGAUGAAUGCAUUGAGAAAGCCAAGGCUGCUGCAGCUAAUGCUUCUAAGAAGGUUGUGAAAUAUGCCCGCAGAGAAGAUGCUAUUCUUCAGGCACUUGAGAUUGAAAGUGCUUGUCUUGGAAAAGAUCAUCCCAAUUCUCUUCCAAGAUUGGAUAAGCAAGAUGGGGUGCAAAAUCUUAUUGAGGAGGAGUUACCUAAUUCACCGCAUCACCAUGAAAAAAGUGCAAAUAUGGAUGAAGAUUGUAGUAGUUCUGAGAACAAUUCAAGUUCAGCACCAGCAUUAUCUCAAUCUGGUGUAUCCUUUGAGGAGGCAAAUAGUGUUAGUGCCUCUAAAGAGCAAUCCGUGCAAGGUAGGAGGAGGCGAACCCCAAAUGAUUCAGAGGAUGAUGGCACUGAAGGAGCUAAACGAAUGCGAGGACUUGAUGACUUAGGGAUGCAGGUGGUGCAGUCACUGAAAAGAAAGAGAUCUCAGGUGGCACAUGUUCACGAAUUUCUGAAGAAGAAAAGCCGCCGUCGUACCUUGAUGAAAGUUUUGGAGAGUACUGCCUUGGUUUCUGUUCCUGUUGUUUGUGAAGGAAUUCCCAGUCCAACUGGAUCAGGUUUUGCUGGAACCGUGCAUAACAAUACGUCAGACAAUGGAGGAUUUGUAUGUGAAAAUGGAACACUCAAGGCAUCUGGGCAUACUUGUGGAUCUUCCCUUGUUAAAUGCAAGCAGGAGAAUGACAUUCAGAGCAUUCCAGAGUUGCCCGAGGAUGGUUCUUUAGACUCAUUAUUCGAUGUUCCAUUUGUGACAGAAGAAAAACAUUCUGGAGGCUUGUCCCCAAUUGUAUCUAUUGCAUCCCAGAAAGCUCAGCCCGGUGCUGGAGCACAAUCUAGUCAAAGCAGCCAAGUUGAAACCACGUCAUUAGGGAAUGACGAGCUUAACGAGUCAGGUACAAGUUCAGGUAAUCCAGACGUUCAUGAUAUUUGCCAGAGAAUGGAGAAGGGGACUUCGGAGUGGCAGUCAAAAGGAAAGAGGAACUCCAGGCACACGGGUAAAGGCAAGAAGCAAGAUCCUGGAAAAAUGAUUAACCUGGAUGAUGAAUUCAAUGCACGGUUGGCAGAAUACCCUACGUAUCUCAAGUCAAGACCAGUCACAGAAUUUCAUGUCGACAAGUUCCAAGGAUGGAGCAGAAAUAGUUCCCACAGAGAACUUCAUGCAAAGGGGCCAGCAGCCGAGUUGCUGGUUCCACAGAGGUUACUGCCAUACCGUCAGUCCCGUUUUGUACUUAACCCAAAGUAUGACUCGUCAGAUUUCUCUCUCAGGCACCAUGUAGCAGAUUCUUCACUGUUUGAUGUUAACCUGGAGGUGAAAUCCAGCUAUCGCCCGCAACAUGUUCCAUACAUUUCAUUAAUGAGCAAAUUGAAUGGCCAACCCAUCAUAGGCCACCCGCUCACAGUUGAUGUAUUAGAAGAUGGCUUCUGUGAUCAACUGCUAGCAAGUGCAUCUGAAGUUUAUAGCAGCAGCUUUGACUUGGAUGAUGAGAUAGGCGAGAAUACUUCUGCUUCACAAGGUGUUAAUACGGUUCAUGAUACCAGGUCAGGCUCGGGUGGUAGAGUUCCUCCUCCUAAGCAUGUCAAAUCGCAUCAUUUUGGCUCAGCCUCCAAGUCAUCAAAAUCAAAGAAAAACGGUCUAUUCUCCAAGAAGACUCGAACAUUGUCUUCAUUAACUGGCUCCCACAAGCAAAGUCAAAACAAGAAACUGUCGGUACAAAAGCUUAAAGGCCCUGCCGUAGCCUGUGUUCCUUUGAAAGUAGUUUUCAGCAGAAUCAGCGAAGCGUUGAAUAGUCCAAUGAGGGCUACCCACCGAGUAAUUGGAACCAGCGUCAUUUGAAGAAUCCUCUCUCCCGGGAUUGGUUGGCCCAAGCAUCGGGAUUUGGUUCAUAGAAAAUUUAUUUGUCUAGACGGACUUAGUUUUGGCACAAUAGUUUUAACUGAAAACCAAUCUCUGAAUGCAUAAACCUCUGUUGAAAUCAGGGGUAUCAAUCAUCUCUUUGUGCUGGUGCCUCAUUCAUCGGCUGCUUUAGCUCUCUGUACAUAAAACCAUGUAACAUUAGUUGAGGUGUAAAGAAUGGUGAUCCAAAUGGUUAGGUUUUGGUGAUUUUUCAUAGCUGCUCAUCAAAUUGUUAUAGGUUGAUAACUCAGUUUUUAGCCCAUGCUGCUGGUACAGAUGGAACUGGCAAUGCAAUUAUUUGCUUUUCUCUAUAAUCAUCCCUGUAUCAGUUUUAUU